AUGGCUUCGCGUCUGGCUAAGAGCGCCAUUGGUGCUACCCGGCUCCGGCCGACCCUUCCCGUGCGCAGCGUCGCUGCCAACCUGACUGCGUCUCGUUCGGCCUCCAACGUCCCUGCCGAGGACCCCAAGAAGAAGGCUCAGUCGAUCAUCGACUCCCUUCCCGGCAACUCCCUCGUGUCUAAGACUGCCAUCCUGUCCGCCGCCGCCGGUCUUUCCGUCGCCGCCAUCAGCAACGAGCUCUAUGUUAUGAACGAGGAAACCGUUGCCGCCUUCUGUCUGCUCAGUGUCUUCACCGCCGUUGCCAAGUACGGUGGUCCUGUCUACAGUGAGUGGGCUCAGGGUCAGGUCCAGAAGCACAAGGACAUCCUGAAUGCUGCCCGUGCCGACCACACCAACGCUGUCAAGGCCCGUAUGGACAAUGUCAAGGAGCUGUCCAGCGUUGUUGAUAUCACCAAGCAGCUCUUCGCUGUUUCCCGGGAAACCGCCCAACUUGAGGCUCAGGCUUAUGAGCUCGAGCAGCGCACCGCUUUGGCCGCUGAGGCCAAGUCCGUCCUUGACUCGUGGGUUCGCUACGAGAGCCAGGUCAAGCAGCGCCAGCAGCGUGAGCUUGCCGAGUCCGUCAUCGGCAAGAUCCAGAAGGAGCUUGAGAACCCAAAGGUCCUCCAGCAGAUUCUUCAACAGAGCGUUGCUGAUGUCGAGCGCAUCAUGUCUGCCAAGGCCCAGUAA